GGAUCCGGAAAUUAAUGUUCAUGACGCAUGCGCAGAUUUCAUAGCAACAUCGAAGCAUUUUGAGAAAAAUCUUUAUUCAUAUUUUAAUGUUUUGAUAAUUCUAGUAUAUCCUAAAAAUACAUACCAAAAUGGAGGUGGAAAAGAAACAGAAGGUUUCUUUUAUGACCACUAUGGACAGGGAGCUCUUCCCUGUGAAGAUGCCUCCAAACAGAUUUGGGAAUGAGAUUGUGCCUCUAAGAGGAGCUCCACACAGAGGGCCUGGCUGCUACGAAAAUGAAGAUAAAACAAAUUUCAUGUACCAGGUAGAACACAACCUAAACAGUGUCAAAGGAUACACUCUAGGAGCAAGGACGUCCAGGAGGCUCCCCAAAACUGUGGUGUUUGAGACACCAUGCCCAACAGAAUAUCAACAGGAAAACUCAAAGCUCAUGGACUUUGACACAGAUAAGAAACCUUUCCUGGUGGGAGCUGACAGAUUCCCCAUCUACAAGCGGGACAUUGUGGAUGUGCUACCUGGACCAGGGACAUAUGAACACGAAAUUCCCAAAAACCGUAAGGUGCAGUGGCAUCAGUCGUUUGGUGGUACCCCCGUUUUUCUGCCUGAAAUCACAGUACAGAGCACAAUAGGCCAAAACACAGAAAAGUUAUACAGUACAAAAGAAGAGAGGAAAUUUCAUCGGAAACUUGCCUACCUUAAACUCUAUUGGGACUGACAUCAUGUCUAAAAAUAGACUCAAUUAUCCUGAUUAUUUUAAUUUUUGUGGUAUAAAGAGAAAUAAUGCAAUGUGUUUAUAUUUUAAACAUAUAUUUUUACCAUCUCACAAAUUUCAUAACUUGCUGGUUCUUUUUUUAUCAGUGCUGUGUAUUCAGCUUUUUCUAGUUUUAAAAAAAUGUACACUUUUUUUUUAACUUUUAAUGCUACAAAAGCAGAAGUUUUCAUUAAUAAAGAUAUCAUUAUGCAGUGCUGAAUUCACUGUUGCUAGUAAUAUAGAAAUAACAAAAUCUUGCGUAAAAAUGUAUGAUACUAUACAUGUACAUUUGUAUUAUUAAAUAUUAAAAAUGAAUGAUGAGAAUUAAUGAAUCUCUUGUUAGACUCAGUUUUGGUAUUCUGUACUGGACUGUUCAUUCGAUUGUGUAAUGUAUAGAUUUGGUUAAAUCAUGAGAUGAUCGAGUGUUGUGUGCCAGGCAUUGAUUACAUUAUAUGGGGAGGGCAUAUGUUUAUAUAAUGAUCCUCAUAGGAAAGAUGUAAACUGUUUAUUCUUGAUUGUUUAAGUUGUAGAGGGAAUUCUGUGGAGACCUUGUUAUCAUGUGAAGUCUGUUGUUAUCAUUUACAUGUACUAUGUAUAAGUAUUAACUCUCUUUGAAUAAAGAUAUGAUAUUGUUG